GAAGUCGAAAGAGUAGAUUGGAACAAAAAGGAAACAUUAUGCCGGCGUACCACUCUCAAUUCCAGAACCCACCUCAGGUGUUGGGAAACAUGGCUCUAUUACCACUCAGGACAUCAUUCAAGGGACCUGCUCCCAGGGAUACGAGUGAUUUUGACAUCAUAGAUGAGGCCAUUCACUACUUUAAAGCUAAUAUCUUCUUUAGAAAUUAUGAAAUCAAGAGCGAAGCUGACCGUACCUUAAUUUACAUCACAUUGUUCAUAUCCGAGUGCCUUAAGAAACUCCAAAAGUGUCAGUCGAAAAGUCAAGGACAGAAGGAGAUGUACACAAUUGGUAUCUAUAACUACCCGAUCCCUGGAGAAGCUGGUUUUCCACUCAACGCCAUGUUCUCUAAACCAGCCAGUCGAAAUGAAGAAGAAAACAUGAGAAACUACCUGCAGCAGUUACGACAGGAAACAGGACUCCGCAUUUGUGAAAAGGUUUUUGAAGUUCCAGAUAAACCCAGCAAGUGGUGGAUGUGUUUUGCCAAAAGGAAGUUUUUGGACAAGAGUUUGUCAGCACCUGGACAGUGAUAGCCAUUUUGUUAAAUUUAUUUGACAUUCAUUCAGACAUUGCAGAAUCUACAGGGAGAAUAUAUAUUUUAUCAAUAAUCAAUUCCUUGUUUGGAAUUUUCUGAGUUUCUAAAAUAACUUAUUGGUUACCAAAACCACUGGAUGACUGUUGGAACAUUUGAAUGAAUGACAUUCAUAUAACUUAAAGCAUUCAAGGAAACAUAACCACUUCAUUUUUUUCAUUGAAAUGUUCAGUGCUCAAUCCUUCUAUUCCAGCUAACCUCUGCAAAUUUGAAAUUUUAAUAUGCUUAGUUCUAAAAGUAUUUUUUUAUUUUCUUUUUGAAAGUUCUGUGGAAGAAUAGUGAAUUCCUUUAUAAUUUGAUCUGAUAUUUUUACAUAAUGAUAACAAUACAUGAUGACAAUAACAUUCUGAUAUAUUCACAGUAUGUUUUAUGAAACUAUUAUAGUAUACAUCUGAUUGAAUAAGACUAAAUGUACCUUGUGUGUGUGAGAGAUGUGAACUGAAAUUUAAUGGUAGAGAUAUUUCAUAUCACAAUGUGUAAAACACUUUUUUUUCUAAACUAUCUUGAUUUCUUUUAGUGAUAGACAAUUUACCAGUGUUUGUAGUUGUUGAGGUUUCUGUAGCAUUAUUUGUAAACUACAUUAUGAUUUCUACAGAGAUGUUUUACAUGAUAGAUGUUGGAUCUUAAAUGAGUAAGAUCUAAUGAAACGAGUCUUACUAGUGUUUACUUUUACGAGCUUUUCCAAGCAACGAUUGAAACUGUCAAGUUUCAUAAAAUCUCAUAAUGAAAACGAACUUAAGAUAUCACAUUACUCAGAAAAGUUUAAUUUUAACAAGCUUCAUGUCAAAAUAAGGAGGAAGAAAUCAAGCCAAGGCAGCCAUUUUUUGCACCAUUUUCAAUGCAUGACAUAACGUCAUUUUCCAUCAAAUAGGAAUCACAAUCGAUUUCUGACUGGCACAACCAAUUAAAGCACUUCUUGGUAUACUACGCUAGUGGCAAGCGCAAAAAUAUUACAUGGCUGAGUUUGCUGGAUAUCAGGUGCAUUAUGUAAAAAAAAAAAUCAUUUGUCUGUAUGUAGUUAAAAUUGUUUUGUGUCACAUUUAAUAUGUUUUGAAGUUUCUAGAAAAACAUUUUAUUAAUCGCUGCAUUUCAAAACUCAAUACAUCUUGUAUGUACAUGCUAAGAUAUAAUAAUGCAUUGUAACAUCUGUUCAACGAGCGAGUACUCAAAAAAAACAUUAAGUAACACCAGUUGGAACUUCAGGGCCUCCAUAUAAUAUAUAGUAAGUUUUCAUUUGUGCAGGUGAACAUUCUUUUUCCUAAUAUCAAUAUGUUACAACUAGUUACGUAGUUUUCCUGAAUGAAAAGCCGAAUCUCUGUAUCUGGAUCUGAAUGAACUUUGGGGUAGUGAAACUGUCUAGAGAAAGCAUGUUGACUUAUCUGUACUUGGUUGAACUUAUCCAUAAUGACUUUCAACCUUUUGGUAAGUUAAAAUCAUGUUUGUUUCCAUACCGAGAGGCUGAGUUACUGAGCAUUUCACAUAUAUACAUACCGGUAUAUAUAUAUAUAUAUAUUAAGUGUACAUUCUUCAGUCUAUUAAAAUUUAAUUAUCAAUGCUUUUUAUAAGUUGAAAAGAUGUAUUAUUAAAUAUGAUCUAAAUA